GACCUAACAAAUGUGGUAUUUUAUUUUUCAGAUCUUAGUCCUGGUCGAGAUACACUGAGUUGGGACACACGAAUUAAGAUAGCUGUUGGUGCAGCACGGGGCCUUGAAUACCUCCACUGGAAAGCUAACCCGCCAGUUAUCUACCGUGACUUGAAAUCAGCAAAUAUACUGCUGGACGAUGAAUUCAAUCCAAAGCUUUCAGAUUUUGGGCUUGCUAAACUUGCACCUGUGGGUGACAUAACUCAUGUCUCAACAAGAGUGAUGGGAACGUAUAGGUACUGUGCGCCAGAAUAGGCCAUGAGCGGCAAGUUGACUCUGAAAUCAGAUAUUUAUAGCCUUGGUGUGGUUAUGUUGGAGCUGAUUACAGGGAAGAAGGCAAUUGACUGCUCUAAGAGGCCAGGAGAACAGAACUUAGUAUCUUGUUCUCGUCCAUUUUUGAAGGAUCGGAGGAAGUUUGUCCAAUUAGUUGAUCCUCUGUUGCAAGGACAUUUCCCAGUUCGUUGUUUGCAUCAUGCAGUUGCCAUUACUGCCAUCUGUCUACUAGAGCAACCAACUUUCCGUCCUCUUAUUAGUGUUAUUGUUGUAGCACUAGAGUACUUGGCAUCCCAGAGCGACAAACCUGACCCUCUUAGAGCUGGGGUCCAUAUUCCCUUUUUGGCAUCACCUUCACAGCAAAACAGGGAUAUUUUCUCUCAGGAUUCUGAUUGCAGAAUGAGUUCAACUUCUACUUAGAAGUUCUUGGGAUCAACUUGCUGAAACAGCCAGAUUGAUGUGCCUACCCUCGUCGAACACACAAGGAAAUCCCAAGGGAAACCCCGAGAUACCAAUGUAAUAUACACGCAUGAACAAUUGGAAUAGAAAUGUGCACAAAUAUGUAUAUAUAUUUGAGUUUGGACAUGUAGCUUUUUGAUAAAUUAAGAGAUUCAGGUUUUUGUAUUUUCUUAUUAGAGGUCAUAAACCAUCAUCUACUGGUGUGGAUUUUUUCAAUAUAAAUGAAAAUAGGACUCGAGCUUAACAGAA